ACGGUUGGACUGGCGCCUUAAACUGGAGGUCGACGUGUGUAGCACAGUAAGGUUCGAUUCGCGCCUUAAACUGGAGGUCAUCCUAUCGAUUUUUACAACACCGACAACUGACUAGUUAGUGUUAAGUUGGGGCCAGUCUUCGUCGGGUAGUGUUGAUAUAUGUGUGAAUAUUUAGCAUGAAUAUAAGUGCCGCUUAAAAACAUUUAGUUCGGACGAGUGUCCCUGCAACGGGAAGUAGAUGUUACGAUACGAACGAGUCCAAAGUCCAGUCCGUGUUUCCGGUCUUUGUGCAUCGUGGACUCGGGACAGUGUAUACAUUUUCGGCGCGUUAUAUCAGCAGAUUGCAUGCCAAGAUAAUUUAUCCCAGUAGUUCUGAUUUUCUUUGUCAGAAUGACUUUUCAGAUGAGUGCGUUGGUUUUUUGCUCUCUGGUAUUAAUGAAUACACUAUGUGUAUUUGACGCAGUGCCUACUAGUCACAAGACAAGUUUACAAAAACUGACUAAAGUUGGCGUAGAGGCAAUUCGAAAUGAUCUCAGCGAAGGGAUACAUAAAUUGAGAGAAGUCCACGGUCUGAUGUUAGACGAUGAACGUGUUAGAAUAAUUGCCAUGCACCAAGCAAACCGAACCCAUCAAUUAGCGCUACAACACUUAAUUACAGAGUGGGAAAACCUAAAGUACACCAAUCAAACUUGCGUUAGUAGCCUUCAAGAACUCUAUGUAAAGCAGUGCAUACCCUGUCUUAUUUGGGAAUGCGUCGAGCGCUAUGAUACGUAUUGCCGCCUAGUGCCCGUUCAACAAGCCGACGUCGCAUUGCUCACUGCGGGCGAAUUUGAGACGAAUGUUCGCGGAAUUUUCGAAGACGGUGUAAAUGACGUUUUGGAAACAAAUAUUCAAGAAUGGUUCACAAGCAGUGAUGACAAUUUGGUUUAUCUCAUAGAUGAAUUGGAUUGGCUGUGGUUACAAAUACAACGUACAGCGGAAGAUAUAAGCGCUUUCGGAACAGGUGAUGCCCGGGGAGGCUGGCUUGUUGACAUCACUGAUGAGUUUAUUGAAUUUUUCAUCAAUAAUCUUAAUGCUUGGCUGAAGAGGGAAGGCGACGAAAUUGUUGAUUCAGUUACAGACCGAGUUGAUGGAUGGUUUGAUAACUCAGAUGAAAGCUUUUUGGAAAAUGUCAAGAAAACACUAGGAUCGUUUUGGGACGACUUGACGGAUUGGGUUGAUGACACUAAAUCGGCUGCGAGUGAGUCUUUGACUGCAGUAAAAGAUGACGUCAGUGGGUUCUACAACGAAAAUAUCAGCCGUCACGUUACCAAGAUAACAAAUAAAACAGUUGAAACUUUCCAUGACAUUCAGGACACUAUUGACGAUUAUUACAAUACGCAUUUAGCAGAAUCAACUAAUGACUCAAACAAAAUGGACAAUCUCGUCACUUCCAGUGGCGUUGGGGAUAAACCAGAUGACGUCACAGAAUGGUUUGAUGAUACAUUUUCUACCGUUUUCAAAGUCGUGGCAAAUAAGACAAGAGAACAGGUGGACACUGUGUUUGGCGGUCUUCGUGAUCUCUUUGGUGGUCGCUUCCACGACAGGCGUCGACGAUCGACUUCAGACAGUAGCAUUGCCCUGGGCCGCCUCAAUACGUCCCGCCGUGGAGAUCGCCAGGCCACGUGCAAGGAGUUGAAUGAUGACGGAAGUCGUGGUCAGGCUUGCAUGGCGUUUGCUUCAAAGUGUCCCGAUUGUAACCUGCUCCCACAAACAGACUGUGCAGGUUUGGGACAUGCCAAGGAAGCAGUCUACAAAUCACUCGUUGAUUUCACCAAUGCCACUGCAAUGUACAAAACCGUAUUUGAAGCUUUCAGAGAGGGACAAGAGGAGUAUUACAGUGGUUUGCAGAGUUUAGCAAGUCGAUACAGAUGGAUUGCUAAUUUUCAACAACUUCCUCUAAACAAACGUGGAUAUAGGAUACUUAAGUUAAAUUUUGAACCAGCCGUGGAAGAUUCUGAUCCAAGUAAUGAGUUUUCACCUGUAGAAGUGACUGUUGUAAUGUUUGGUGAAUCGCCAUAUACUUUUGUUGUAGACUUGCCAGUAAACCCAAUGAACUAUGAUAUUGCAGGAACUGUGAUUGCUGCAAGAGCAUUGGCAAAGUACGCUAGUCAUGCAGUGUAAUGAUAGCGCCCUCUAUGUUCUGUAAUUGAAUAUUUAACAUAUGUGAUAGUGUGAAUAUGUAUAUUGUUAUUAGUUUUAAACAAGCUGCCAAAGAAUUUUACCGUUAUAUUUCUUGUCUGUCGCCUUUACUCUUAAAAGAGUGUUUUGGAUGUUGUAUGUGUGUACUGCCAAUGUGAUGAAGUGAUUGCGGCUAUGCUACUUAUCAACCAGUAUUUUAUGUGAUUUUAUAGAAAAGUUUAUGAUUUUUUUAAAGAAAAUGCAUAAUUGUUUGUGACAAUUAAAGUGAAAUUAUACAAU